GAGGGAACUAACGAAAGACUUAGGCAAAGAACUCAAGUGGCAAGUGUCGGCGGAGGUGGACAUAACGGAGGAGCAGGAACAGAAGAAAUGGCACUGUUUCCGUCCUCAUCGCGUCCGCGCACGCUCAUGGAGCAGCUGCUGGCGCGCAAGAUCGAGGCCGCGGCUACCGCUGCGGGAGGCGCCUCCAGCUCUGCCGGUUCGCCCCCAUCUCCAGGCGAAGCCUCGGGCAGUGGGCAGAUUCCCAUGAUAGCGGGCAUGCCCAUGGUGGGUGCCAGUGGCGCCUCCAUUCUGAGCCGGCUGCGACGCACCGACUCCCUGGACUCGACGAGCAGCCUGGGCUCCCUGGCCUUUGGCGAGGAUGUCUGCCGCUGCGACGACUGUCUCCUGGGCAUUGUCGAUCUGUACGUGAUCAGUGCUUCUGAGGCGGCCAAGAAAAAGAGCUCUGGCUGGCGGAAGAUCCGCAACAUUGUGCAAUGGACGCCCUUCUUUCAGACGUACAAGAAGCAGCGCUAUCCAUGGGUCCAGUUGGCUGGCCAUCAGGGCAACUUCAAGGCCGGUCCCGAGCCGGGCACCGUCCUCAAGAAGCUCUGCCCCAAAGAGGAGGAAUGCUUUCAGAUCCUCAUGCAGGACCUGCUCCGGCCCUAUGUGCCCGUCUUCAAGGGUCAGGUGACCAGCGAGGAUGGUGACCCAGUUUACUUGCAGCUGCAGGAUCUGCUGAGCGACUACGUCCAGCCAUGCGUGAUGGACUGCAAGGUGGGGGUGCGCACCUACCUCGAGGAGGAGCUGUCCAAGGCCAAGGAGAAGCCCAAGCUGCGCAAGGACAUGUACGACAAGAUGAUACAGAUCGACGCCCAGGCACCCACACUGGAGGAACACGCGGCCAAGGCGGUGACCAAGCCCCGGUACAUGGUCUGGCGUGAGACCAUCUCCAGCACGGCCACGCUGGGCUUUCGCAUCGAGGGCAUCAAGAAGAGCGAUGGCACCAGUUCCAAAGAUUUCAAGACGACCAAGUCACGCGAACAAAUCAAACUGGCCUUCAUGGAGUUCCUCAGUGGUCAUACCCAGAUUCUGCCGCGUUAUAUUCAGCGACUGCGCGCCAUCCGCGCCACUCUGGCCGUGUCCGAGUUCUUCCAGACGCACGAGGUGAUCGGUAGCUCGCUGCUAUUUGUCCACGACCAUUCCCAUGCCAGCAUCUGGCUGAUCGACUUUGCCAAGACGAUGGCGCUGCCCCCCGAGCUGCACAUCGAUCACUAUUCGGCGUGGAAGGUGGGCAACCAUGAGGAUGGCUACCUGAUUGGCAUCAACAAUCUCAUUGACAUAUUUGUCGAGCUGCAGGCGGCCCUGGAGAAGGACGCAGAACCAUCCACCAAUGACGAUUCUGCUGCUGGGGAGGAUGGUGCCGCGGGAGGAGCCGCUGCCGAGGAGUGAACCGCCCCCCCAUUCGUUGGCGGCAGGUGACGGGGCUGAGCCCCUGAGGCAAAUGCAAUCUGAGUUGCACAAAACACGAUUGAAUAUUCCCCCAAAAACCCAAGUUUAGGCUAGCAAAUAGAGUUAUCUUCUACGACUACUACAAGUUUUUUUUUUGUUUUUUUUUCUAUAUAAACUACAUACAUUUAACCCGUUAAAUUUAAAGAAAAAGACUGAAACAGAAUAUACCUAUACGAUAUAUACAUAUACAUAUAUACAAAGUUGUAUGUCUCCAUAGCUGAUUUGUUCUGCAGCUGCUGCUGCUGCUGACCAAGACCUUGGCCUUGCUGCUUGGUAGAGUAAUUUAUUUAUGCAAGAUUCACAUUCUAGGCCGCGGCAUGGCACACCCCCUCGAACCACGAAUAACUGUAGCGAAAUCAAACAAAUCAACAACAAUAAUACUAUAUGUAAUCAUAAUGUUAAAUGUUAAAAGCAGUUUAGUUUUAUUGUUAUUAAUAUAACGUUAAUGCGAUAACCUACUAAAUACAUACUAAUUGUGCACUAUUAAAUACAGUUCGAAACCGAAACUUCGA